AUGUGGUACAAAAUGAGCAUCGCUUUAUCCCAAAGCAUUCCUAUCUAUCUCAGUAACAUAGGCAUAUUACUUCUUCUUUCAAGGUCAGAAGAGCUAAAGAGUCUUAAGGGUCGUAAGUACCUGGAUGCAUGGUGUGUGUACUUCUGGGCCACCACACCAGUGAUCAUAUCUAUACUGACUUUCACUACAUAUGCACUCAUGGGCAACAGACUCACUGCUGCUAAGGUAUUUACCAGUGUAGCAUUGUUCAACAUGCUGAUCUCUCCUUUGAAUGCAUUUCCAUGGGUUUUGAAUGGACUCAUGGAGGCCUGGGUGUCGAUCAAAAGACUCCAGGCUUUCCUAGAGUUACGAGACCUGGAUCUUAGUUCCUACUACUCAGAUAUGAACGAUAAAGACCUCAGACAAACAGAUGUUAAGAUCAGUAAUGGUCAGUUUUCAUGGAGAAAUUCUGCAUUUGAAGAGAGUAAAAGCGAUUUCCAAGAGGCUCCUGAGAUAUCAAGCUCAUUGGGAUGUUUAUCYGACAUUAAUGUCACACUUAACAAGGGACAACUGGUUGGUGUAAUAGGCACCGUAGGAUCUGGUAAAAGCUCUUUAUUAUCAGCCAUCACAGCAGAAAUGGAAAAAACGGCUGGACAGAUAUAUGCGUCAAGUUUGGAUAGGGGGUUUGGACUUGCAUCACAGGAGCCUUGGAUUCAGCAUGCUACUGUCAAAGAGAAUAUCUUGUUUGGUCUGCCAUUUGACGUGGAAAAAUACAGUGCUGUGAUUGAUGUUUGUGCAUUGGGAGAGGAUUUGUUGAUGCUGCCCGCUGGAGACGAAACAGAAGUCGGAGAGAAUGGCGUGACACUAAGCGGAGGGCAGARGGCAAGAGUGGCUCUAGCAAGAGCAGUUUAUCAGGAUAAAGAUGUAUAUCUUCUAGACGAUCCACUAGCAGCAGUAGAUUCGCACGUUGCAGCACACCUAUUUCAACACUGUAUUCUGGGACUUCUACGUCACAAGACCGUCAUCCUUUGCACGCAUCACAUCAAAUACCUCAAAGAUGCUGAUCAUGUGAUCGUUAUGGAUAAUGGCAUCAUUACCCAUCAAGGGCCCCCAACUGAAAUUCUAACCAAAGAGACGUUGAUAUCACAAUUAUCACGUGAUAGCAUAAUCACUGACGAUGACUCUGAUGCCCAAUCAGAUUUUGAUGAGAAAACACCAGCAGAAGGAGAAGAGGAUGGCGGGCUUGUCUCCGAAGAGAAGAAAGACGAGGGUGCGGUCAAACUCCACGUGUACGGAUCAUACUGGGUUUCUAUUGGACAUUGCUUAGCUGUCAGUAUAUUGGUGUCUCUUCUGCUAAUGCAAGCUUCUCGGAAUCUUAGCGACUGGUGGCUAGCAUACUGGAUAUCUCACACAAAAACCCAUCAUAAUACCACCACUCAAUACUCAACAACCAUCUCUGAUGCCGAAAUACCAAACAAUGUGUUAGGUGGCGUUCACAUCGUUAAGGGAACCGUCACAUUCUAUCUUAUUGUGUAUGCAGGAUUUGCUGUCAGUAACACGAUAUUCACUCUGUUUCGUGCGUUUCUGUUCGCCUAUGGAGGAGUUAAAGCUGCUCGGGUUCUCCACCAUCGACUUCUAACAACAAUUUUGGCAGCACCURUAUCAUUUUUUGAUGUCACACCGAUUGGAAGGAUAGUCAACAGGUUUUCUUCUGACAUGUACUCCAUUGAUGACAGUCUUCCUUUCAUCCUCAAUAUUUUCCUUGCCCAGGCGUACGGCGUGUUAGGAACAAUAGUUAUAACAUGCUAUGGUUUGCCGUGGCUGACUAUCUUGUUAGUACCACUGGCAUUGAUUUACUACUACAUACAGAACUACUAUCGAAAAACKUCAAGGGAACUCAAGAGGUUAAUGUCGGUGACACUAUCCCCGAUUUACGCUCAUUUCUCAGAGACUCUUACUGGACUGAGCACCAUUCGAGCAUUGCGUGACAUGCAUCGAUUYCAGUUCUUAAACAUGAACAAACUGGAGMUCAACCAGAGAGCGAACUUUUGCGCAAUGGCUGCYUCACAGUGGUUGAGCCUGCGAUUACAGUUCCUCGGUGUUGCUAUGGUAACAGGGGUAGCAUUCAUAGCGGUUUUAGAACACCAUUUCAGUUUUGGAUCUGUUGAUCCAGGUCUUGUUGGGCUAGCUAUAUCUUACGCGCUAUCAGUGACAGACCGUCUCUCAGGGAUGGUGACGUCAUUCACUGAGACCGAGAAACAAAUGGUCAGCGUCGAACGGGCUGUCGAGUACAUCGAGGACAUCCCGUGUGAGCGAUCGGGACAUACUAAGAUCUCUCCAUUCUGGCCAAGCAUAGGGCAACUUACCUUCCAUAAUGUUGUUUUAGUGUACAGACGUGGUCUUCCACCAGCUUUACGUAAUGUUUCAUUUCAAAUUAAAGGAGGAGAGAAGGUCGGUAUUGUUGGUCGUACGGGUUCUGGUAAGUCAAGUCUUUUCCUGGUUUUGUUUCGUAUGGUCAACCUACAAGAAGGUAUUGUGGUCGUUGAUGGUGUAUCGGUAGCUUCCCUUCCUCUCUCGUAUAGAUCUCGUUUAGCGAUCAUUCCACAAGAUCCGUUCCUGUUCAGUGGUUCUGUUCGCUCGAACGUUGAUCCAUGGGCACAGUACUCUGAUGWUGAAGUAUGGUCGAUCUUACAACGAUGUCAUAUCAACACUGCUGUCAGAGAUUUGGGAGGACUGGACGYCACUGUUGGAGAGCGUGGUCGUAAUUUCUCAGUUGGUCAGCGGCAACUGGUUUGUCUUGCGAGAGCACUUUUAUCUCGUGCAAAGAUCCUCUGCAUAGACGAAGCCACGGCAAGUGUUGACAUGGACACGGACGAGCUGAUCCAACAAACUAUUCGUGAUGAAUUUAGAAACAGCACAGUUUUGACUAUUGCACACAGGAUUGAAACAAUUAUGGACAGUGACCGUGUGUUGGUGAUGGAUAAAGGGACUGUGGCCGAGCUUGAUCGACCAGAUGCUCUCUUAGCCAAUAGAAAUUCGUUAUUUUUUUCCCUUGUACAUGGYACAUAAKGACUUAUAACCCCAUUUUGAACUUUGGUUGACUAAUCACGUGAUCCUAGGGAAACACUAGAAUAUCCUUUUGUGUCUUGUGUUCCUAGGAUUAUCCAGCAUUUUUAAGCGCGGMUUUUCGACCAAAAUAUUGAAAGUGGGAUAUAAAUGUUUAAUUUGAAUGCCUUUUAAAGGUAAACUACGGAACGGAAGUAAUAUUCAGAAGAUGUCAAAAUAGGUGCGAAAAACAAACGUUGUGCAUUUCAUCAUGUUAUUKUACAGAAGGCUAUAUUAAAUAAGCGCAAGUUUUAGAGAUUAAAA